GUAGCCUGGCAAGGAUCUGGAGGGAAUGAGAAGUUCUUCUUUGACAAUGAGAAUGUCUGCAUGAUCUUUAAUGCUGGAGAGCUGACACUGGUGGAAUAUGGAAGCAAUGACAUCCUGGGGUCUGUUCGCACAGAGUUCAUGAACCCUCAUCUUGUCAGUGUCCGUAUCAAUGAGAGACGGCAGAGGGGCGUGGAGGAGAACAAGAGACUGGCUUAUCUGAUAGACAUCAAGACUAUAGCAACAGUGGACCUUGUUGGUGGCUACAACACUGGCACUAUCAGCCAUGACAGCAAGAUUGAUUGGCUGGAGCUGAAUGAAACAGGCCACAAACUACUCUUCAGGGACAAGAAGUCGAGGUUGCAGCUCUAUGACAUUGAAAGCAGCACCAAGACUACCAUUUUGAACUAUUGCUCCUAUGUGCAGUGGGUCCCAGGCAGUGAUGUGGUAGUGGCUCAGAACAGAAACAGCCUCUGCAUUUGGUAUAACAUUGAUGCUCCAGAGCGAGUCACCAUGUUUCCUCUGAAGGGGGAUAUUGUAGACUUGGAACGGAAUGAUGGAAAGACUGAAGUGAUAGUAUCUGAAGGGGUGAACACUGUGUCCUACACACUGGACGAAGGCCUCGUAGAGUUUGGAACUGCCAUUGAUGAUGGGGAUUAUCACAGGGCUACUGCGUUUUUGGAGACACUGGAAAUGUCCGCAGAGACUGAAGCCAUGUGGAAGACUCUAAGCAGGCUGGCUUUGGAAGCUAGACAGCUGCACAUUGCAGAGAGGUGCUUUGCAGCUCUGGGCAACAUGGCAAAGGCUCGAUUUCUGCAUGAAACCAAUGUCAUUGCUGACCAGGCAGCUAAAGAGCACGGUAGGGAUGGUACAGACCAUUACCUGGUGCGUGCCCGAUUGGCCAUGCUAGACAAGAACUACAAGCUGGCCGAGAUGAUCUUCCUGGAACAGAACGCCACAGAGGAGGCCAUGGACAUGUACCAGGAGCUGCACAUGUGGGAUGAAUGCAUUGUGGUUGCCGAGGCCAAGGGACACCCAAUGCUGGAUAAGUUGCGUCGGGGUUACUACCAGUGGCUGCUGGAUACCCAGCAGGAAGAGAAGGCUGGGGAGGUCCAAGAGGGACAGGGUGACUACCUGGCAGCCAUCAGUUUAUACCUGCGGGCAGGGCUGCCAGCCAAAGCAGCACGGCUGGCCACGAGCAGGGAUGAGCUCCUGACCAAUGGGGAUGUCAUCAAUAGGGUCUCCACGGCACUGAUCAGAGGGGAACUGUAUGAACAGGCUGGAGACCUGUUUGAGAAAGUCGGGAACCCACGGAAGGCUCUGGAGUGCUAUUGCAAGGGCAGUGCCUUCCUGAAAGCAGUGGAGCUGGCUCGCCUGGCAUUUCCUGCAGAAGUUGUGAAGCUGGAGGAGGCCUGGGGAGACCAUCUCGUGCAGCAGAAACAGCUGGACGCUGCUAUUAACCAUUAUAUUGAAGCCAGGUGCUCAAUUAAGGCCAUUGAGGCAGCCUUGGGAGCCCGGCAGUGGAAGAAAGCCAUCUACAUUUUGGACUUGCAGGACAAACAGACAGCAGCCAAAUAUUACCUCAAGAUUGCCCAGCACUAUGCAGCUUUACAGGAGUAUCAGGUUGCAGAGGAGCUGUACAUCAAAGGAGACCAGACCAAGGAUGCCAUUGACAUGUACACACAGGCUGGGCUCUGGGAACAGGCUCACAAGCUGGCAGUCAAGUGUAUGAGACAGGAAGAUGUGUCUGUGCUCUAUAUAACCCAGGCCCAAGAGAUGGAGAAGCAGGGCAAGUAUAAAGAAGCAGAGAGGCUGUAUAUCACUGUGAAUGAACCUGAUUUGGCCAUCACCAUGUACAAGAAGUAUAAGAUGUAUGAUGAGAUGGUUUGCCUAGUAGCCAAGUACCACAAGGACUUACUCAGCGAUACCCACCUGCACCUGGGCAAGGAACUGGAGGCAGAGGGACGCUUACAGGAGGCUGAGUACCACUACCUAGAAGCCAAGGACUGGAAAGCCACAGUAAACAUGUACAGAGUGAAUGACAUGUGGGAAGAAGCUUACAGGGUGGCCAAGGCACAUGGGGGAGCAAAUUCCUAUAAGCACGUGGCGUAUAUGUGGGCAAAGAGCCUGGGUGGAGAGGCAGCUGUGAAACUCCUCAGUAAAUUUGGACUUCUGGAGAUGGCCAUUGACCAUGCAGCAGACAGUGGGGCCUUUGAAUUUGCUUUUGACCUGGCCCGCCUCUCCAUGAAGCAGAAGAUGCCAGAGAUCCACUUAAAGUAUGCCAUGUUCCUGGAAGAUGAGGGCAAAUUUGAAGAGGCUGAAGCAGAAUUUAUUAAAGCUGGGAAACCCAAGGAGGCAGUGCUGAUGUUUGUGCAUAACCAGAACUGGGAUGCUGCGCAGCGUGUGGCUGAGGCUCAUGACCCAGACGGCGUGGCUGUUGUGCUUGUGGGACAGGCACGUUUUGCCUUUGAGCAGAAGGAGUUCCAGAAAGCAGAGGCCUUCCUCCUGCGAGCACAGAGACCUGAGCUGGCCCUAAAGUACUACAAGGAGGCUGGCAUGUGGAGUGAGGCCCUGCGGAUCUGCAAGGAAUAUGUGCCUGGUCGGCUAGAAGAGUUACAGGAGGAGUGCGGCAGGGAGACUGCCAAGAAGGGCUCCAGAGGAACAGAAGGGCUGCUGGAGCAGGCACAGGAGUGGGAGCAGUCUGGGGAAUAUGCCAGGGCAGUGGACUGCUAUCUGAAGGUGCAGGAUCCCAGCAACAGUGUCCUGAUGGAGAAGUGCUUGCUGAAGGCUGCUGAGUUGGCCAUUAAAUUCUUGGGUCAGUCACAGAGCAUGGAGGUGACGCGGACUGUGGCUCCUCAGCUGGUGGCCAUGAAGAAAUACAGUGCGGCAGCUGAACUCUACCUCAACUUGGACCUCAUCCAGGAAGCUAUCGAUGCCUUCAUUGAAGGAGAGGAAUGGAGCAAAGCCAAGCGUGUGGCCAAGGAGCUGGACGCCAGGUCAGAGGAGUAUGUGGACCAGCGUUACAAGGAGUAUUUAAAGACCCAAGGAAAGGUAGAUUCGCUGGUGGGAAUAGAUGUCAUGGCUGCUUUGGAUAUGUAUGCAGAGCAGGAGCAAUGGGAGAAGUGCCUGGAGGUUGCAGCUAAGCAGAACUAUAAAGUCUUGCACAAGUAUGUAGCUCUGUAUGCAACCCACCUCAUCCGGGAGGGCAGCUGGGACAAAGCCCUGAGCCUGUAUGUCCACCAUGGAGCACCUGCCAGCCCACAGAACUUCAACAUUUAUAAGCGUCUUUUUGUGGAGAUGGUGAACGCAUCUGGCAUGAAUUGUGCCGAGGCAUACUCCCGCUGGGCUGACCUGCGUGAUGUUCUCUUCAAUCUGUGUGAAAACUUAGUGAAGUCAAGUGAGGCAAACACUCCAGCACAUGAAGGGUUUGAAACAAUGCUGCUGAUCACUCACUACUAUGCCACCCGCUCCGCAGCUCAGGGUGUGAUGCAGCUGGACACUGUGGCUGCGAAGCUGUCCAUUUCCCUGCUGCGCCACACUGAGCUCCUCCCUGCAGACAAGGCUUUCUAUGAAGCUGGGAUAGCUGCCAAGGCAGUCAGCUGGGAGAACAUGGCAUUCAUCUUCCUGAACCGCUUCCUGGACCUCUCAGAU